AGCCACACAGCCACCGCCACUGCGUCCGUCCCCGGUGAGAGCCGCUGACGCGCGGAGAUGAAAUUCCCGGCCUCGGUGCUGGCGUCCGUGUUCCUGUUCGUGGCCGAGACAACGGCGGCUCUCAGCCUGAGCAGCACCUACCGCUCGGGCGGGGACCGCAUGUGGCAGGCGCUGACGUUGCUUUUCUCGCUACUGCCUUGCGCGCUCGUGCAGCUCACGCUUCUCUUCGUACACCGCGACCUCAGCCGCGACCGCCCGCUCGUACUGCUGCUGCACCUGCUGCAACUUGGGCCCCUUUUCAGGUGUUUUGAAGUCUUCUGCAUCUACUUUCAGUCAAGCAACAAUGAAGAGCCUUAUGUCAGUAUCACCAAGAAGAGGCAAAUGCCAAAAAAUGGCCUCUCAGAGGAGAUUGAGAAAGAGGUGGGCCAGGCAGAAGGCAAGCUAAUCACCCACCGAUCAGCGUUCAGCCGGGCAUCAGUGAUCCAGGCUUUCUUGGGCUCAGCCCCUCAGCUGACCCUACAGCUGUACAUAAGUAUCAUGCAGCAGGACGUCACUGUUGGAAGAAGUCUCCUCAUGACCAUAUCCCUGUUGUCCAUUGUGUAUGGAGCCUUGCGCUGCAACAUCCUAGCCAUCAAAAUCAAGUACGAUGAGUAUGAAGUCAAAGUGAAGCCUCUUUCCUAUGUCUGUAUCUUCCUGUGGAGGAGCUUUGAGAUUGCCACUCGAGUUGUAGUCCUGGUCCUCUUUACCUCCGUCCUGAAGACCUGGGUGGUGGUUAUAAUACUCAUCAACUUCUUCAGUUUCUUCUUGUACCCCUGGAUCCUCUUCUGGUGCAGUGGUUCCCCAUUCCCUGAGAACAUAGAGAAGGCCCUCAGUCGGGUGGGCACCACCAUUGUACUAUGCUUUCUAACUUAUACUGGUAUCAACAUGUUCUGCUGGUCUGCUGUACAGCUGAAAAUUGACAGCCCUGACCUCAUCAGCAAGUCCCAUAAUUGGUACCAGCUACUGGUGUAUUACAUGAUGAGAUUCAUUGAGAAUGCCAUCCUCCUCCUCCUGUGGUAUCUUUUCAAGACUGACAUCUAUAUGUAUGUGUGCGCACCUCUGUUGGUCCUGCAGCUGCUCGUUGGGUACUACACAGCCAUUCUCUUCAUGCUUCUAUUCUAUCAGUUCUUCCACCCUUGCAAAAAGCUCUUUUCCUCCAGUGUUUCUGAAGGCUUUCAGAGGUGGCUCAGGUGUUUUUGCUGGGCCUGCAGGAGGCAAAAACCCUGUGAGCCAAUAGGAAAGUCAGAUCUACAGUCAUCCAGAGAUAGAGAUGAGACACCUUCUAGCAGUAAAACAAGUCCUGAGCCUAGUCAGUUCUCGAAUACUGAAAAUCUUUGCUCUGCUUAAUGGGACCCAAGGUCUCAGGGCACAGGCAUAUUAUUUUCUGGGUUUGAUACCCGUUAUUCAUACAAAUAAUGAGCCCUACACAGGGAACAAGGCAGGAAGUUAGCUGUUAAUUCCUUGUGAGCUGCUCCUCUUUAUAGAGCUCUUGGGUAUGUAGAACUAUAUGGGAAGAAGCCAGGAAAACCUCUGAGUGUUGAAGGGGCAACCCAAGGCUUCACAGUUCACAGGUAACCAUGUUAUGUUCUUCUAGGCAUUACUGGCCUUUUCACUGACAAGUUACCCCUCAAAUCUGAAUUGUACUGGUUAGAUUCAUUAGAUAGAAUGAGGAGAGGGGCUUACCUGUUCUCUAGUUUUCCAGAGUGCUGUUUGGGUAACCUGAAGUUUUAUGAUCCCUGAACAUAGUUUUCACCCAAGAGCUGUCCUGGUGACCAAAAAAGAUUACUAGGGUUUUGCCAUCAGCAACAUCAUUCCCGUCAGAGCUUUCAGGGAGGGUUGUUCAAGUUUGGUUUUUGAAUAGAGGUUUCAUUUUCAUCUUAUUAGGGCUUUUUGUACAUAGCCAACUGUAACCACCCUGGCAUGCUGUCUCUAAUUGAUUCAAGAGCCUAGAUUUGGAGACCUUGUCCCUUAGCAUCCAUGAAUGCAGAAAUGAGUGAUAAAUUUGGCUAUGGAAGCCCUGGAAUUUUAGGAAAGUUGUGAUUCUUUGAUAUGUUGAUGAAAUUCUGGAUCAGGAGGGGUGUUAAAACAUCAAAAUGAUGGAGGCUUAUGUAAGUAGAUUUCUUACCAUCUUACUCCUGCCUCCCCAUUCCUUGCCUGUCAGGACCAUUUUAGAAGAGUUACCUUGGUUAACUUAAGGGUUUUUUAGAAAGCCCCACAGAAAUCUCUCACCCAGUUCCAGUGUAUAGGGAAUUUUCAUUUUCAUUAUUUGAAGGAAGAGGGUUUUCCUUACCACCACCUGUAAUUAGAGAUUGAUUCAGAAACUUUUUCUAAAUUAUAAAGACGGAAUGACCAGAAAAGUUUUGUCUUUCAUGGAAUGCAAUUUGACUUGUCAUAAUUGUGAGUUAAUUUGAUAAAGAUCUCCAGUUUUAUCCUCUGACACCCUUUAAAGUUCUAUUUAUUUUUUCCUUUAAUCUGAGACCCUAUUUGUUUCAUAAAAGACGAUUGAGUAGCAUAUCCUCAAUUAUCUUGGAAAAAUGCCUAGAUCUAGUGCCAUUAUUUCUACCAUUAAAAUCUUGAAAGUGAAAUACUUGAAAACAGGUGAACAUAAAGAUCACACCAAUUUAGAAUGAAUAUUAAAGCCUGAGAAAUUUACAAAAGGGACUCUAUUUAUGGACUCAAUUUUACCAUAUGGAAUAGGGAUUCAUUUCUCCGUGUUAACCUACAAAACGUAUUUAUCUGGCCAUUGCACUUCGGAUAAUUGUCAUUUUAAAUUCUUCUUGGUGUCAAAUUUUUAAGUAAUUUCAUGCACACAGGAGAAAAUGCAAUUUGGUAAUCAGUUUCCACUACAUUCAGAGGUCAAGAAAGCAGUAUAUAUUCUUUCACAAGACAUCCAUAUUGUUUAAUAUUUAUAGAGUUCAUAGAAAUACAUCAAUAAGCUCCUAAACUAUAAAGCCUCAAUUUUAGUUUUUCUCAUUUGAAAUGUUUUUGAUUUACCAAUAUUUGUGUCCAGACAGUAGAUCAUUUUUUGUCUAUUUUUAACCAAAUAAGAAUAACACUCAAGACUGUGUUCUCCAUCCCAACACAUCACUUACCACUUGCACUAUUCUUAAUAGGCCUAAAAUAUUGAGCAUAUAUAAUCAAAAUACUUCAUACAACAUAUACUCCCAUGCACUCUUCAUGUAAUCACAUAUGUGCAUAGAUACACAAUUGUAAUACAUAAAACACCCUUGAAAAUAUAUAAUGACUUUGAAUAAAAUAAAGUUACCAUGUUAA